AUGAACAGUGGAGGAUUAGGAGAGAGUGUGAAAGAAUUAGAAGAGAGUGUGAAAGAAUUAGAAGAGAGUGGGAAAGAAUUAGAAGAAAGUGUGAACGAAUUAGAAGAAAGUGUGAACGAAUUAGAAGAAAGUGUGAAAGAAUUAGAAGAAAGUGGGAAAGAAUUAGAAGAAAGUGUGAACGAAUUAGAAGAAAGUGUGAAAGAAUUAAAAGAGAGUGUGAAAGAAUUAGAAGAAAGUGUGAAAGAAUUAGAAGAAAGUGUGAACGAAUUAGAAGAAAGUGUGAAAGAAUUAGAAGAAAGUGUGAAAGAAUUAAAAGAGAGUGUGAACGAAUUAGAAGAAAGUGUGAAAGAAUUAGAAGAAAGUGUGAACGAAUUAGAAGAAAGUGUGAACGAAUUAGAAGAGAGUGGGAAAGAAUUAGAAGAGAGUGUGAACGAAUUAGAAGAGAGUGUGAAAGAAUUAGAAGAAAGUGUGAACGAAUUAGAAGAAAGUGUGAAAGAAUUAGAAGAAAGUGUGAAAGAAUUAGAAGAGAGUGUGAAAGAAUUAGAAGAGAGUGUGAAAGAAUUAGAAGAGGGUGUGAAAGAAUUAGAAGAGAGUGGGAAAGAAUUAGAAGAGAGUGUGAAAGAAUUAGAAGAGAGUGUGAACGAAUUAGAAGAGGGUGUGAAAGAAUUAGAAGAGAGUGGGAAAGAAUUAGAAGAGAGUGUGAAAGAAUUAGGAGAGAGUAUGAAAGAAUUAGAAGAGAGUGUGAAAGAAUUAGAAGAGAGUAUGAAAGAAUUAGAAGAGAGUGUGAAAGAAUUAGGAGAGAGUAUGAAAGAAUUAGAAGAGAGUGUGAAAGAAUUAGAAGAGAGUAUGAAAGAAUUAGAAGAGAGUAUGAAAGAAUUAGAAGAGAGUGUGAAAGAAUUAGAAGAGAGUAUGAAAGAAUUAGAAGAGAGUGUGAAAGAAUUAGAAGAGAGUGUGAAAGAAUUAGAAGAGAGUGUGAAAGAAUUAGAAGAGAGUAUGAAAGAAUUAGAAGAGAGUGUGAAAGAAUUAGAAGAGAGUGUGAACGAAUUAGAAGAGAGUGUGAAAGAAUUAGAAGAGAGUGUGAAAGAAUUAGAAGAGAGUGUGAAAGAAUUAAAAGAGAGUGGGAAAGAAUUAGAAGAGAGUGGGAAAGAAUUAGAAGAGAGUGGGAAAGAAUUAGAAGAGAGUGGGAAAGAAUUAGAAGAGAGUGGGAAAGAAUUAGAAGAGAGUGGGAAAGAAUUAGAAGAGAGUGGGAAAGAAUUAAAAGAGAGUGUGAAAGAAUUAAAAGAGAGUGGGAAAGAAUUAAAAGAGAGUGGGAAAGAAUUAGAAGAGAGUGGGAAAGAAUUAGAAGAGAGUGGGAAAGAAUUAGAAGAGAGUGGGAAAGAAUUAGACAUAGUUUUAAAUUAUAAAGACGCCAUAUUAAAAGAUCAAUUGUUGCCAAAUAAAAAAAAUAGAUAA